GAAGGCUGCGAUAUGCAUAAGAUCUUCUCGAGCAGUCCUGAUGCAAUCAAUACGCUACCACGCCGUCUCACCAGAUCUUCCGUCGCCCACGCCGAUCUCUUCUGGCUAAUCAAAACAACUCGAAAGUGUCUCAAGAACCUCCAGAUCGGGUAUUCAGAAGUCGUAAACGUUCAUGGUUCCUGGUGGGUAUGUCGCUACUCAUUCAUGAAUCAUAAGAUCGCCACAACCCAUUACUUCUCCAUCGCUCUUUUCAGAUUCCACCUGAGGUCCGGGCAUUUUGGCGUGGAUGUGGUGGAGAAUGCUGAGAUGUGUAGUGCCCGACUUUUUCAUCCGCUCGAAGGUUGUCUCAAAGGCGUGUAUUAUUUGGAGCCAAGAAGGGUGAGAGGGUUGAUUCUGGAAGCUUUGAAGGAGGAGGCUAGAAUUCUGGCUGCGAAGCCGAGUCGGCUGGACGGGAUUUAAAUGUCAAUGUAGCCGAUUGUGCAUGCUUGAGGGGAUAGUAGGAUGGAAUUUACUCGCAGGCGAGGAAGCUAGGCCGGUGUACUUGAACAAGGUAUUGUGGACUGAGCAGUAAGGAUAUC